AUGGUGUUCUGCACGGCUCGCAGAGGUAGUCUCGGCGGGUCAAAAUCUGGACGCGGCAGGAAUGAGGCUCAAGUCCCAGCAAAGCGAAAGCGAGAAGAGCAUUCCCAAUCCUCAACCCCUACAAGCGCCCGUGCGAAGCGACUCCAAGAAGCCCCCGAUGCGCCAUGUCCGACGAAUACCAACGCGCAGAAGAUAAUACCAGACUCUGAGGAAUGGCAGUUCUGGCUCAAGUUCGUUUGCCGAGAGCACCUACAGGAUGACAUGUUCAAAGAGGCCGUACAAGGACUGUUGAAGAUAUGCUUUCCAUCAGGUGUGUUGGAUGAGAUCGGAGUUGAUGUGAUCGAGAGCCAGAUGUUGGACAGGGGCGCUACGCUAGACCAAACCAAAGCAAUGCGCGAAGUGGCCCAAGAGGAAGUAGUCCACAGGCUUUCUUGGUUAUUGGCAGAGCAGUUGGAUACCCCGCAUAAGGCGCCGAUAGCGAUCCGGACAAUCGUCACUAGGAGUCUCAGAAUACACGGGACAGAACUCGAUCAGGGGAUGUUCGACGACUUAGUCGCGGACUUUGGAAAUCUUCGAGGCGAUCAUGCUAGGGUCAAUGGAGGUACUGCUAUUGAACCCUUGAGACGCUCCGAAUCCCUAGAGCAAACUCCACAGACCAAUCCUAUGGACAUCGAGAUCUCUAACUAUGCAAAUAGCGAGCAGAAGCUUUCUUGGGACGUCGAUGAUGUCGCCGAAUUAUCACUCUCGGAGAUUCUAGAGAGGUUCUAG